AACUCGGAAAACAGAGUCUGUGUACACAGCUGCAGGAGCAGUUAAGGGGCUGAUGUGAGCUGCAGUAUGUAGCAUAAAUAGUGAGCAGACGUGAAGGAUAUAGCACAUGAUGAGGAAACGAGUUAAUUAAGACUAGGUUCUUUGACUUGGAGCUACUUCAGCAAACUGGAAUGUUUGAAAGAAGAUUUGAUGACUUGAAGGGCAUGUUUUGACAUGUGGCACCAUUUUUCCCUAACGGAAGUUGAUGAUUACUUGGACAACAGGGGCACCAUCAUCUUGUGAAAUUCCUGUUUCUCAGCAAUGAGAAACAACGGUUAAUAUCUAACUUGGUGUCCGCUGUUUUACUUUAUUUAGUAACAGGGCAAUAAAGUCCAGGCGCCAAGCAGCACAGUUGCUAAGUAACGUCAUAAAACAAGAAGAACCUCGACUAUCCCUGUUCGGAUCAGGAAGAAGUGAGAGACUGUGACAUGAGCAACCAGUUCACAGAAGCUUAAGGAAUGCUCUUCACUUGAUUAACAACAAUCCAAAGAGAAAAAUAUGUACCAUGCCCAAGAGAAAGGAAGCAAAAGGGACAAAGGUGACCCUCAAAACUGCAAAGAAGGCUAUACGCAUGACCCCAGAUGGACGGCGUAGACUCGUUCUUAGCAACAUGGGAAUAACCAUAUUCCCAAAGUGCCUCUUCAAGCUAACCUUUGUGGACGAGUUGGACUUGAGCCGCAACCUCAUAGAGAAACUCCCAGAAAACUUUGGGAACUUGUUAUCACUCAGAUGGCUGGAUCUACACAGUAACAAGCUAGUGUCUGUGCCCGAGUCCAUCGGCGACCUUAGGGGACUUACAAGCCUAAACCUCUCCAACAACUGCUUAACUUUUUCAGGUUUACCCUCCACCCUGGGCUCCCUGACUAACCUGAAGAGUCUCAAUCUAGGAAUGAAUCAGCUUGAUGACCUGCCUCCCACUUUGGUGGCCUUAGAAAAUCUUCAGGAAUUGGGCCUGUUUGAUAAUCUCUUUAAAAAGUUACCACAAUUUCUGCAAGGCCUAAGCAACCUCACGAAGGUGAAUGUGAAACGAAAUCCUCUAUCAUACCAUCAAAGGAAAGGUGAGACAUUGAAGGAAAAGUCAGAGCAUAAGGAGGAUGUGUAUCUGGUCCACGAGAGCAGCUUGUGUAGGACCUGCCUUAAAAGGUGUCAAGCAGAGAGGGAAAAGCUUAUGAAAGGAGGUGGGGAAGGGAGAAGAGGAAGGAGAAGAGAAGCAGAAGGAGGAGGAGUAGAUUGUGGCGUGUCUGAAAAGAAAAAGAAAAGGGCAUUUCCUGGCCUGGUGGCACCAAACUCAGUGGCUACAGUUAAUCAGGAUUUGUGGAGACUGCGAGAAAAGCUUGAAUGUGUGCAAGUCAAAUGACCAGCAGGUCUCCUGAUGUAAACUUUUUAAAAACAAAACAGCAGGAAAGGAUGGAAUGAUAGGUCAGUCACACAGCAUUUCAUAGGCGUGUGCAUUAUAUCAAACUGUGUAGCUAAAGCAAGUCAUGUGACUAUUUUUUUGUAAGCUUAAUGUUUCUACUGAUGAUUAAAAAGAAAUUUAUUGAAA